AUGCGUGUGGGUGGUUUGGCAGCGUACAAAAAAUGGAGAUCUCGGCAGCAGCUGGAGAGUCAGGAACACGAAGCAGAACAUGAAAGUGACGAUGAUUCCUAUGAAGUGUUGGAUUUAACAGAAUAUGCACGGCGUCAUCACUGGUGGAAUCGUGUGUUUGGCCGGAAUUCAGGACCAAUUGUAGAAAAAUACUCUGUAGCUACCCAGAUUGUGAUGGGCGGCGUGACUGGCUGGUGUGCGGGAUUUUUGUUCCAGAAAGUCGGAAAGCUUGCAGCAACUGCAGUAGGUGGUGGUUUUCUUCUGCUUCAAAUUGCUAGUCAUAGUGGAUAUGUACAAGUUGACUGGAAGAGAGUUGAAAAAGAUGUAAACAAAGCAAAAAAACAGUUAAAGAAGCGUGCAAAUAAGGCAGCACCUGAAAUCAAUACUCUAAUUGAAGAGUCAACAGAAUUUAUCAAACAGAACAUCGUGGUGUCCAGUGGAUUUGUUGGAGGCUUUUUGUUAGGCCUGGCAUCAUAAGGACCUGGAUCGUCUCUUCCCGAUGGCAUUCAUGUCAGCGAAGAACAGUUGUGGUGACACGCUGUCUUAAAGCAGUGUGGGUCACGGGGCCUUCCAGAGCAGGACGAGUGGACUAGCUAGACAAUUUGGAAGCUUUCACAUUUCAGGCUUUUGCCUCUUGAAGCUUGGCAAAACUAGGAUUUGCUGAAAAACUGUGCAGUCUGCUCAUUAUAGCAUUUCUGGGCAAAACUGGUUCAUCUUCAUCAUGACUCUUUUUAUCUAUGACUUUUCAAGAUCUAGCAUUUUUUUAAAAUGUUAUUCUUGGAAUAUAGAUAUGUAACCAUACUGUAAGAGAGAGAGCUCCAUUUCUAUGUUUUCAGUUAAAUAUUGUUUAUUUUAAAAGUAUUUUUCUUCAUGCUGUAGUAGAUAAUAUUAAUGACUACAUAAUGUAUAUGAUACUGUAGUUUCAGCCUCCUGGCUGUCCAUGUUCUUUAGAAGUCACUGCAAUAAUCUAUCAAUCUGUAAUACCUUUUUACAGAGUAUUGAAUAACAAAGAAUCAUGAGCUUAUUAAAAGUGAAAA